CAGUUUCGAUUUCCACGGCAGCUCUGCCUCUCCCCGCCGGCAUCCUGAAAAAGCGCCUCCUGCUCGCUGUGCGCUUUAAAAGUGGGGCGCUGGUGAGGAGGGCCUUUGCGGGAGCCCAGCUGCAGGCAUGACGGCCGAGGAGCGGCGGAAUCUGCACGCCUUCCGGGACUAUGUCACCAAGAUUCUGGACCCUACCUACAUCCUGAGCUACAUGGCCCCCUGGUUUAAGGAGGAUGAGGUGCAGUAUAUUCAAGCUGAGAAAAACAACAAGGGUGUGAUGGAGGCUGCUACACUUUUUCUCAAGUUCCUAUUGGAGCUGCAGGAGGAAGGCUGGUUUCGUGGCUUUUUGGAUGCUCUUCACCAUGCAGGUUAUUCUGGACUUUAUGAAGCCAUUGAAAGCUGGGAUUUCCACAAAAUAGAAAAGUUGGAGGAACAUAGAUCACUUUUAAGGCGUUUGCAACCAGAAUUUAAAACCAGAAUUAAUCCAAAUGAUAUCCUUCCUGAACUAUCUGAAUGUUUAAUUAAUCAGGAAUGUGAAGAAAUUAGACAGGUUUGUUCCAACAAGGGGCCGAUGGCAGGUGCAGAGAAAAUGGUUGAAUGCCUUCUCAGAUCAGACAAGGAGAACUGGCCCAAAUAUUUGAAACUUGCUUUGGAGAAAGAAGAGAGCAAUUUUAGUGAACUUUGGAUUAUAGAGAAAGGUGCAAAAGAGGAAACGAAAGAGCUUGAGGAUGGAGAAAUAGAAUCUUCCGACGUACAGAUUUUCUACAAGGAAGAACCAGAAUGCCAGAAUCUUAGUCAGAAUUCAUGUCCACCUUCAGAAGCAUCUUGUACUCAGAGCCCAAUUAAGCCAAGAAAUUACCAACUAGAGCUCGCUCGUCCUGCUUUAGAAGGGAAAAACAUAAUAAUAUGUGCUCCUACUGGUUGUGGGAAAACCUUUGUUGCACUUCUCAUAUGUGAACAUCAUCUUCAGAAAUUUCCACGAGGACAAAAGGGGAAGAUUGUGUUUUUUGCUAAUCAACUCCCAGUGUAUGAACAGCAGAAAUCCGUCUUCUUAAAAUAUUUUGAAAGACAUGGGUACAAAAUUGCAGGCAUUUCUGGAGCCACAGUUGAAAAUAUCUCAGUGGAUCAGAUUGUUGAGAACAAUGACAUCAUCAUUUUAACUCCACAGAUUCUUGUGAACAGCCUUAAAAAUGGGACUAUUCCAUCACUAUCUGUCUUUACUUUGAUGAUAUUUGAUGAAUGCCACAACACCAGCAAACUCCAUCCUUACAAUGUGAUCAUGUUUCAUUAUCUAGAUCAGAAACUUGGAGGAUCUUCAGACCCACUGCCCCAGGUCAUUGGGCUGACUGCCUCGGUUGGCGUUGGGGAUGCCAAAAACACAACGGAAGCCACGGAGUAUAUCUGCAAGCUGUGCGCUUCUCUUGACACAUCAGUGGUGGCAACAGUCAAAGACAACUUGGAGGAACUGGAGGAGAUUGUUUAUAAGCCCCAGAAGUUUUUCAGGAAAGUGAAAUCACGGACCACCAACACAUUUAAAUGUAUCAUCUCUGAGCUGAUGAAGGAGACAGAGAGUCUGGCAAAGAGCAUCUUUGGUGAACUUGGUACCAUAAGUCUCGAAAACUUAUCUCAGUUUCAAAACAGGAAUUUUGGAACACAGAAAUAUGAACAGUGGAUCGUUGCAGUUCAGAAAAAGUGCGCGGUGCUGCACCUGCCAGACAAAGACAAGGAAAGCAGGAUUUGUACAGCACUUUUUUUGUACACUUCACAUCUGCGGAAAUUUAAUGAUGCCCUCCUUAUCAAUGAGCAUGCACGGACGAAAGAUGCCCUGGAUUACUUGAAAGACUUCUUCAGCAAUGUCCGCUCAGCAGGAUUUGAUGAGAUAGAGCAAGAUCUCACUCGCAGAUUUGAAGAAAAGUUGCCAGAACUAGAGAGCAUUUCUAUGGAUCCCAGCAACGAGAACCCUAAACUGAAGGACCUCUGCUUCAUCUUGCAAGAGGAGUACCACUUAAACCCAGAAACCAGAACCAUUCUCUUUGUUAAAACCAGAGCACUUGUGGAUGCUUUAAAGAAAUGGAUUGAGGAAAAUUCUAAACUCAGCUUUCUAAAACCUGACAUAUUGACUGGACGUGGCAAAACAAAUCAGAACAUAGGAAUGACCCUCCCAGCACAGAAGUGUGUACUGGAUGCAUUCCGAGCCAGUGGCGAUAAGAAGAUUCUGAUCGCCACCUCAGUUGCUGAUGAAGGCAUCGACAUUGCGCAGUGCAAUCUGGUCAUUCUGUACGAGUACGUGGGCAAUGUCAUCAAAAUGAUCCAAACCAGAGGCAGAGGAAGAGCAAGAGGUAGCAAAUGCUUUCUUCUGACUAGUAAUGAUGAUGUAAUUGAAAAAGAAAAAAUAAACAUCUACAAAGAAAAAAUGAUGAAUGACUCCAUUCUAAGCCUCCAGGCAUGGGAUGAAACAGUAUUUAAAAAAAAGAUUCACCAGAUCCAGAUUCAUGAAAAAUUCAUCAGGGAUAGUCAAGGAAAAGCAGAACCUGCACUUGAUAAGAAAAAUAAAAAACUGCUCUGCAGAAAGUGCAAAGCCUUUGCUUGUCAUACAGCAGAUAUAAGAGUGAUAGAGGAAUGCCAUUACACUGUGGUUGGAGAUGCUUUCAAGGAGUGCUUCGUGACUAAGGCACACCCCAGACCAAAGAGUGUGGGGAUUUUUGAGAAGAAAGCAAAGGUAUUCUGUGCCAGACAGAACUGCAGCCACGACUGGGGCAUCCAAGUGAAGUAUAAGACAUUUGAGAUCCCAAUCAUAAAAAUUGAAAGUUUUGUGGUGGAGGAUAUUGCAACUGGAGAGCAGAGACUGUAUGCAAAGUGGAGGGACUUUCAUUUUGAGAAGCUACCAUUUGAUCCUGCAGAAAUGUCCAAAUGACCUCAGGACCACAAGUUUCUACUACAGCGAAUGGGUGAUCAUGAGUGAAGAAGAAAUUAUCCCUAGUAGGCAGAUCGCUUGUACCACAUGAAGAUAUUUACCUAAGGCUUGUACUGUACUAAAUAUUUAUCACUUUACUCACCUUCUGUUCAUAGUUUUCAACAGUUUGUAUGAUAUCAUAUACAUAAAGCAUAUAGGAGUGAAUCAGACCCUCAAUGAUUCCUAGGCCAAUAGAGCUCUAAGUACUUGGGACAAAUUUUAAAGCCUCACCUUGUUCUCUUUCUAUUCUUCCCUUUGGAACCAACUGUCAGUGUAUACCCAGUAGCCACUCAGUAUACAUUAGAAUAAAUAAAUGAAUGGAUGGAA